AGUAGCCUUGCAUCAUUGGCUCAUGAGGUGAGACCUGUCAUGGGGGUGUCAGGUGCACCCCCCCCCCUCCUCAUGUUGCAGGGGCAGCCCGUGAGGGGUGGGAGGAGUGGGGGCAUCACCCUGCUCCAGGUCCAAACAAGAACAAAGAUCUAGCAGCCCACUGUUGGACUGGCUGGCCUGCUCAGGGGGACUGAAGGUGUGUGUUGGUUUGUGUGUCAGUAUCAGUGUCGUUAGCGUGAGUGCUGCGUGUGAGUUAGGUGUGAUUAGGUGUCUGCCGUUCUAAUAAAGGAACGCUCCGUGUCCGCCGCCACCUCGUCAUAUCACUGUACCAGAGGUUUCUAAACACCGACGUCUGUCCGGAACUGUCAAGCUUGUGGAUUUGCUUCUGGAUCAACUGGAGGGGAUCUUGUCAGAAUAACGGUCAUUCUCAAGUGUGUGUGUGCGCACUGAGUUGGUGUGUGUAUGUGACUUUGUUAGAAGAAGUGUCUUUUACAAGUGUCUGUAUGUGUAGCUGAGCGUGUGUUUGUAUGUAAAGAGUGUGUGCGGUGCUGUGAGCGCUGGUGGAAAUGCUGAAGCGGCCAGCUGGGUUAUUUUUGGGUCAGUGACAGCGUGUCAAUGGCUGCAGAUGCAUCGCAAAGGAAGGCUCUGAGAUACCAACAGACCCUGCUCUACGGAGAGUACAGGGAGCAGCUGGGUAGCUUUGCCAGGAGGGAGGCAACACGGCUGCUAACAGAGAGACAAUGGAGGAAACAAAAAGGAGACACCAGACGGGGGCAUGGCCAACGACAUCACCACUCCGUCACCAUGGAGUCAUAUCUCACACACACCUCCUCCACAAAGACGUCACACCCCUACUCCAAAUGCCGAGACUGCGUGGCUCGUAUCCAGCGGUACAUUGUGACAAAACUGGGGGAGGACUGGAUCUUUCUGGUGCUGUUAGGCCUCACCAUGGCACUGGUCAGCUGGAGCAUGGACUACGCCAGUGCCAAGAGCCUACAAGCAUAUAAGUGGAUGCACGGGGAGCUUACUGGCAAUGUCCCGAUCCAGUACCUGGCCUGGGUCAUCUACCCCAUAGUCCUCGUCAUGUUCGCCUCCUUCUUCUGCAACCUGGUCUCCCCACAGGCCAUAGGUUCUGGAAUCCCUGAGCUGAAGACCAUUCUCAGAGGGGUGGUGUUGAAGGAGUAUCUAACUCUCAAAGCCUUUGUGGCCAAAGUCAUCGGACUGACCGCUGGCCUGGGCAGUGGCAUGCCCGUGGGGAAAGAGGGUCCCUUUGUCCACAUUGCCAGUAUCUGUGCUGCUGUGCUGAGCAGAUUCAUGUCCAUCUUCUCAGGAGUUUACGAGAACCCUUAUGGUUACACAGACAUUCUGACUGUUGGCUGUGCCGUUGGUGUGGGCUGCUGUUUCGGCACUCCUCUUGGAGGGGUGCUGUUCAGUAUUGAGGUCACGUCUACCUACUUUGCAGUGAGGAACUACUGGAGAGGGUACUUUGCUGCCACCUUCAGUGCCUUCAUAUUCCGGGUGCUGUCUGUGUGGAAUAAAGACGCCGUCACCAUUACAGCUCUUUUCCGGACCAACUUCCGGAUGGAUUUCCCCUUUGACCUACAGGAGCUCCCUGCCUUUGCUUUCAUUGGGAUCUCCUGUGGGUUUCUUGGGGCCUUCUUUGUCUACCUGAACAGACAGGUGGUCCUAGUGAUGAGGAGACAGACCAUUCUCACACGCUUUCUAACCAAGCAUCGGUUGAUCUACCCAGGAGCAGUUACGCUUGUCAUCGCCACCCUCACAUUUCCUCCUGGAUUUGGCCAGUUUAUGGCUGGAGAGCUAAUGCCCAGAGAGUGUAUAAACUCCCUGUUUGAUAAUUUCACCUGGACCAAACUCUCGGCCACUGCCCCUCCCCCCGGCCUGGGACGCUCCUCAGCCUGGCUACACCCCGACGUCAGCGUCUUCCUCAUCCUGCUCCUCUUUUUCAUUAUGAAGUUCUGGAUGUCUGCUGUUUCAACAACGAUGCCUAUUCCCUCUGGAGCCUUCAUGCCAGUGUUCAUACUGGGGGCAGCGUUUGGACGUCUGGUAGGGGAGAUCAUGGCGUCUCUGUUCCCAAACGGGAUCUUGUUUGAUGGGAUCGUUUAUCGCAUCCUCCCUGGGGGCUACGCUGUCAUUGGUGCGGCAGCCCUGACCGGGGCGGUGACCCACACGGUCUCCACGGCGGUGAUCUGUUUCGAGCUGACGGGCCAGAUCUCUCACAUCCUGCCCAUGAUGGUGGCAGUGAUCCUGGCCAACAUGGUGGCCCAGGGCCUGCAGCCGUCCCUCUACGACUCCAUCAUCCAGGUCAAGAAGCUGCCCUACCUCCCUGAGCUCAGCUUGGGACACAUCAGUAAAUACAACAUAUUUGUGGAGGACAUGAUGGUGCGGAAGGUGAUCUUCCUGUCUUCCCAGUCCACCUAUCGGGAGCUGGGCUAUCUGCUGGACUCCACCUCCCUCAAAACCAUCCCUCUAGUCGACUCCAAAGAGUCCAUGAUCCUUUUGGGGUCUAUCGAGCGGACGGAGCUGCAGGCUAUCUCUGAUUGGUGGCUGUCAGCUGAAAGACGUGUCUUUGAGAAGGGUCAGGGGUCAUCGGAUCAGGGCUGGGAGUCCUUCACCCUACUAGAUGAAGAAGGAGGAGAGACCUCUCCGGUUCAACAGGAACCAAACGGUCCUCUCCCAUCCCCCAAGCCAGUGGGGCCCUCCCCCAAUCACAGCACCUCAGACAAGCGUUCUCUGCAGUCUGUGAGAAGAACCUUUCAGCGUCUGUUUUCCUCCUCAUCCACCUCCUCAACCAGUCAGACUGAGACUCAGGAGACCCCUCCAAUUCCACUCACUGACACCAUGUCCCCAGAGGAGAUCAAAGCCUGGGAAGAGGAAGAGCUGGAUAAGCCAAUCAGUAUGGAUGAGAUACGGAUUGAUCCGUCCCCCUUUCAGCUGGUGGAAAGAACCUCCCUACACAAGACUCACACCCUGUUCUCCUUGCUCGGUCUCAGUCAUGCCUAUGUCACCAGUAUUGGGAAACUGGUGGGUGUCGUGGCACUGAAGGAGUUGCAGAAAGCAAUUGAGGGCUCCACACGUAGUGGGGUGAGAUUGCGCCCCCCUCUGGCCAGCUUCAGAGACGCCAACCGUAAAUCAAAGAAGCACACGGUUCCCCCCGCCAGCCCUUCUUCACCCAACAGGGACAGGAAGCUGUUGGCCGAGGGGGGGAGGAGGGAGGGCGGAGGUCGCAGGAAGGAGAGUGAGGGGGUUAGGUGGGAGGAUGGUGAAGGAACUGAGGAGGGCGAGGGAGAAAAGGGGGAGGGAGAGGUGUUGAGGUGGGAAGAUGAGGUGGUAAGGACAGAGGGUGUGAAAGAAGAGGGGAAGAGAGAGGCAGACAUAGAUGAGGCUAGGGACGAGUCCAUGGGGAACAUAGGGGGAGCGGCCGGCUCCAGUGCAGGUACGGAGUGUGAUACCUCCAGCCCCCGUAGCGUGGGGAGCAACAACAGCCGAGGAACAGACUGCUCCCCUCAGGAGCCUUCCUCCCCAACCCCCCCCUCUUCACCACCCUCCUCCUCCACACGUGUCUUCACUGUGUCAUCCCUUCACACCGUGCCGGAGAUUAACAGAGAGGGGGAGAGCCAAGAUUCUGAUGAGCCGAUUUAGAGGGUGACUGAGGGAAUUAUUUGGAUUCUGUUUCUUAGAUGAAGACUUCCUCCUUUCUGUCCUAAUUCCACUUACUUCAUUCAGAGCUUAUCAAGGAGCAUCCUGGGUAUUGGAGUUCUGUGCUGUCUCAUCUGCUCAACCAUCUCGGGUUGAGCUACAGCUUGCGGAGAGCAGGAGGAACAGGUGAACACAGUGCUUCUGGGACUUGUAGUUUUGGAAGGUCUGAAAAUAAUCAUUUUCGUAAGAUGGUCAUUUUGUCCUUAAUUUGCAGCUUAUUUUGCAUUUAUUGAAGGAUUCUUUUCUACUCUUAAGUCAGCCUAAUUCUUUUUCACUAUUUCAGUUUCUCAGGUCUCUCCCUGUGUCUUUAAAACGUCUUUCUACUAUACUUAUAACAUAGAGCUCUGCUUAUCAUGGUGUUUCUAUGAACCUGACCCAGAAUUGUUGAAAGUAUGAUUGUAUCUGCUGGGAGCUACAGUUAGGUCUGGAAAUAAUUGGACACUGACAGAAGUUUUGUUAUUUUGGUUGUUUACCAAAAUAUA